CUUCGUUCACAUUGUGCUCAACAUCCACAUUCCACAAUCAUCCAAGAAAAGAACCAGAAGAUACAGGUCGAGAUUGGGUCCUACUAAUAUGGUAGUACUACUUGCUUGCGGGAGAUAGCAGUUCAUCUUUUUGAUCUCACUCAAUCAUCCGCAUCCCGAUCGUUGAUUGAUUCAUCACUAUCGUAUCUUGGAAUUGAAAAAUCUGUGACCACGCUUGCAGUAGUUUGCUCGUUGCAAAAGUCGUGUGGUGGAGAUGCCCAGCACGAGCAGCUCAAGUCGGGCAGAACCUGCAGCAGGGGCCGGCGCAGGUGGCCUUGAAAAUGAUGAGCAUGUAGAAAUUAUCGUCAAACGAAUUAUGCGGCAAAAGGAUGCGCUGGGUUGGCCAGCGGCGCAGAACAUGAUCGGAGCAUUGAAAAUCUGCAUUUCAGUGGCGAGUACUGAACAGGAUGGGUUCUCCCUCGGUCCGCAUAAGAGCGUGUCACAUGCGUCUGUCAAGGCAGCAGAGGAAAUUGUGCUCGAGAAGGUUUUCGGGGCGAACACUAGAGCCAGGAACGCAGCCCGUUCGCGGCGUGCGGGUAUUUUUUAGAUACGAGAUGCACCAUAGUGACUAGUCAUUGUCGAAAGCAAGAAACAAUGGAGGCGGAAGCACGUCAGUUACAUUAUAUAUGAUCCAGGGCCGCACGCCCCCCCCUGUGGUCUGGUCUGUGGUGGCGCGCUCGCGCGCUUUUCCGCGCGGAUUUUUCGCGGAUUCUAGUGGUGGGAGGCGUCAAAACUUGGCGCGGGCCUCCCCUUGGCCCUCUCAGCGUGUUCCGAAGGGACCGCCUGGCCUCUGCUGACCCUCACAGGCGGGAGGCCUUCGGGCUAAAAGGCCGCCGGAGGCGGCCACGGUCACAAGCAAGCCGAUGACCAAGGGCCCGAGGGUCCCGCCCCUCGCCUUUUGCCGUCUUCGGAGGCCUUCCGUUGCCGGUGCCCUGUUGCGGCAGCGAAGCCUAACGGAUGCACUGAGGGCACAGGCAGGCACCUGGACGGGGACGCAGUCGAUCCCUUGGGCCCCUUUUGAAGCCUCCCACCACCAUCGGAGGCCCCUCAAGUCUGGAGGGUACAUGCAAACGCGAAGGGGGCAGCCCCUUGGCCCCCUUUUGAGGCCUUCCGCCCCCGGCAGACGCCUCCCAGCGGGGGGGGCGUCGCCCCGCGCCCUGGAACAUAUAUAACUUAUUUACCUAGUUAUAUUGUAAUGUAUAAUUAUAAUAAAUAUAUCCACCAUUUUCUUUUUCUGACUUGUUAUUUUUAUGAUUGACGAUGCCUCCCUCAAGGGGGGGCAUACGUUGAAAUAUAAUGAGCAGUAAAAAGUCAUUGUUGAUUGAAUAAUGAUAUUGAUCAGAUCUUGAUGUUAAGUUUUAUUUUUCCGACAGUUGACGAAUAGAUGAAUCUUUAAUCCAUCGACGUAUCUUUGACUCGAAUUAAGUCCUAGUUCUCUGGAUUGAAGUGAUGAAUUGCUUCUUCGCGCAGGGUUCUCGCGGCUAGAACAUCCUGACCAAGUCCGUUUCCUCACGAACGUUCUGGUGACAAAAUGCAGAACCGCGUCUGCUGCAGAGGAGUGGAUAGAAAAGAUGCGACGUCGGAUCCGGACCGAACCGCGUGGUUUUUCCUGUGGCGGGUUCGAGCGCAUUGCACUCCAAUCAGUGGAAGCAGCAAAUGUCGUUGCAAUGUGGAAACUCUCCGCUACGACUAUGAGUGGUAACAACGACGUCGAAGGCGAAGCCAUGCCUCGCAAUGCAGCCCCUGAUGUUGUGUCCGCAAGCAACACUGGUAACUACAUAUCAAUAUCUUUAUCGAAAAUGUGAAAGUUUGGUUACCGGUGCCACCUAUAAUCCAUUACGAUUCAUACAUCGACAACAAGUCGUGGGGGAAUCUGCAUAAGUCGAUGAGAGCCAUGAUGGAAAAGAAAGCGAACAAGAAGAUUGUAUCUAAUAUGUUCGCGCUUUUGUCUUACCAUUCCCAUUUACAACUUGAAUCGUCUCGUCAUCAAUUUUUAGGGGGCCCUCGCGCUGCUGCUUUUACGAAUGCGCCGUCAUCAGAUUCUGACGCGAAUGCCAGGAGCAGCGCGCCACCGAGUUCCCUUUUGGCGCUUCCUGGUGCCGCGCGGCCCGCUGCUCGUACAUAUCGGCCACCAUCCAUUGCCGCGACUAGCUCAGAAGAGGAGGAUGAUGAAGCGUCAUCCAGUGAAGACGAAGAAGACGACGACGAUGAGUUGGCGAGCCCGAAUCGUCGACCAUUGGGCGCACGCAAUGCAGCGGCAGUACAAGAUCGCGAAAGACCUCUCCUAUCGCCUGUGCGCGAAGACGCACCGACGCCACCAGCUGGACCAUUACGAAAAAGGCAGAAAGUGGAUCGAGUGAGUGCUGGCUUAGGCGGUCGAGAACCCCGUGUGGCGCAGCCCGCAGAAGCAGCGGCGGAGGAAGAUGGACACUCUAAGGUUUCUGUGCAGCUCCCUGCAGCAUUGGCUCAGCUGUUGCAGGACCAGAAUCUCGUAUCGCGCUUGACUGACGCCUUGGCGAUUAGCGGAAGUAGCGGCGCAUUCAUACAGAAGCUUGAGGAUUCGAACGUCAUCGAGCCGAAAGCACCAGCGGGGUUUAUCGACUCGGAGGACGAAGUUUGGUCUGAUAAUGAGGAUGAUGGCGAGGGCGCAGACGCGGACGCAGACGCUAUGCAAUUACAACAAGAGAAUACGGUGGAUGCGGUAGGAAUCGAAGACCUUCACUUACCAGUGCCGCCGCAGCAACGUCAGGGCUCUAUCGGAUACAACCUCUUCUUGGUCAGAAAGCUGCGUGCUGCUCGCGUCCCUCGUCCCAUCAUCAACAGCAACGCGAGAUCGUCUCUCCCACUUCUUCCGCAUCAGCAGGUGGUCACACAUCUUUUCGAGAAUGGAUACGCACCCCGUUUGCUGCUCGAUCAUCAGACCGGCAGCGGCAAGACGCGAUCCCUCAUCGAGCUAGUGUCAGCAGACUACGAUCGCAGUCGAACCAAGGUGCUCAUCGUGCCAAAAAAGAGCCACGUCGAUAAUUUGAUGAAGGAGUUCCUCAAGUUUCCAAACAAGUGGCGAACUUUUUUCGCGGCAAGCCACCCCGACAUGGUGGUCGAAAAUUGGGCAGAGCGAUUGGAUGAAGUAUGGGAAAUGCCUUGGGUGGCUGGCCGUUAUUCGGCAUUUCGCGACUGCGUAGGGCUAAAGGGUCUGAUCGCGCGCGGCCGCGUAAAUGAGAGCUGGCGCAGCGCUUUCGUUGAGGACACGAGUAGCGAGCCGCCAGCAGCUCCGCUGCGUAUCUUCAACUUUUCAACCGCGGGAGGGCGUGCCGUCGGCUACAACGUGCAAGGAGUACGCGACGGCAAGAUCGACGCGUGUCUUCGUUUCCGACUGCAUGACUCGAAUCCGUAUGCGGGCAAGCUCGUAAUUUGUGACGAAGCACAUAAUCUUCUUCGGCCAUCAGAAGCGCGAUUUGCUCCCGCGAUGCGCCGCCUUCGCACGUACUUCCAGGAAACUUCGGGUUACGGUGCAUGGGCUACCUGGUUGUAUUUGCUUAGUGCAACGCCCGCGCAGCCGAACAUGCCCGAUAGAGCGCUACUAGACGUUUUGAAAGGCGAAGACGGCAAACCCUUCGGUGAGCUCCCGCAAAACGAAAAUGAAGACGCAAGUGAAACCUCCGAGGUACAGGACGAGAGCCAACGACAGGCAGGGGCAGUUCCUCCCGUGCAAAUCGGAGACAACAGCGUUUACCACAAAAAUGACGCCGGGCAGUUCGUGCGCAACGACGAAGGAUACAUUUCCCUAUUUCAGGGAAACGCGGACAAUUACCCGCGCGUUGUGACUCCUUUGGAUGCUGAGAAAGUAGUCGGCUCAGGAUUGGCGAAGGCGGCCGUCAAGACGGUCAAGAUGCAUGGACGAUCUUACUCGCGCUACACUUUGAAAGACUGUUUCGACACAGCGCAGCUUGAAGAGUCGCAACGCGACCAAAAGCUUGGAAUGUACACGGUAUCCGCUUACCCGCCCUGUGCUGUUACGAACAACAUAGCAACCAUCCGCCGGUUGGCUGGGGAAAUCGCGCCAAAACUACAACAGGUACUUAUUUAGGGUAGCAACUAUUUUUCAACAAUAGCAAAUUAGGCAUAGUCUGUCGAAAGUUAUUGUCGUGAUCCAACUGUCGGUCUCCUUCUUGUGAUAAUUUAUAUUUGUUGUGGAGCUGCAAGGAACCUCGCUACCGUUCUCACCGUGGUUGGUAGUUAUUUUGUAUUACGAGAGCUUACCAAACAAUAUAUGAAAGACAUUUUCCGUUUUCUGCCACGCACUGUGACGAUGCUGGUAGUACUAAAUUUACACACGGCCAGUGUUGAGCCAAGACAAAUGGUUUUGAUGGAGUCAUGCUCGUAUCUUAAGACAAGGCUAUAGAUACCUCUAGCAGCGAAAACCGAUGCUCAUACAAAGCGAUGUCCACCCGACGUCCUUCUCAGGUAAUCCAGACGAUUCGAAUGGAACAGAAGAAGUCCCUGGUUCUCGUUGCAAGACGUACAGGCUACAUGUGUGCGAAAUUUCUGCUGACGGAGGCUUUUGGGGAGAGGCUGGCUACUCUGCCAGAAAUUCACUCGUUCAAUUGCACGCAGACGAAUUUGCGAGGAACGACCAAGCGGGUGAUGCUUGCCACACUCGAAGAGUGCUCUGAAGGUACUCAGUCAAUUAUAAAAGCUGUCGCCUUGUGGCUCUAAUUCUAAAAAACUGCAUUCGUACGGGGAGUUCAAGUUUACGUGUGCGCUUUUGUGCUGCUACUAUGUGCGGCAGAGCACUAAGCUGCUUCAGGGGCUUGAGCCUGAAGCUAUUGAUGGCAGAAACUCGGUUACAGUGAUGUGCUGAUAGAUUUGGUAUGAUGUUUCCCUCGCGACAGUAGUGAAAGGCGCACUUAUUGUUCUUCGUGAUGAGAAAACAUCUCAUUCAGUUUGCAGUACAUUCAUAUUGUCUUUUUUUACAACUUUUCCAGGCUGAAAAUGCUUUUUUCGUUCCGCCAUUUCUAUUGUUUCUUUCAUUUUGUUCUUGUAGUCGCGCAUCUUUCUAGUUUCUUUUAAGUACUUAGAAAUAGAACUACACAUCAAAUUUUGAAAACCAAGAAUGAGCUUUUUCUUUUCCUUAGCUACCACCGAAUGAUAAUAUUGAUACUUUUAUUUACUCUCAUUUUCAGGCGUCGAGUUUAUUGGCGUGCGUCACUAUCACGUGGUUGACAUGCCGCAGACGAGUGCAGCAUUCGAGCAAAUCUGUGGGCGGCCUGUACGCGUUGGCUCACAUAACAAGCUGCCGCACCACGAGAGAGACUUAUGGCUGAGCUGUAGUCUAAUCUUAAUAAUUGUAGAUCUCUAACUUGGGUGCUAUUUUGCCGAGUUUUUUUCUGCUGCAAAAACUGAAGAUUUGUUUUGGUUUACUUAUGUGAAAAGCAAGAUGAGGGCACGAACGUUAUGAGAUCUUGACAAAUCGACUAUGGUGCCGAUGUUUGUCAAUUGUUUCACGUACUUGACUUUUUUCUUAAACUUACCCAGUCAUUUCAACCAUAAUAUGGUAACACCUACCUGUUUUUUGUUGUGUGUCGAUGAUCAUCAUCAACAUGUUCGUUGAAAACGUUCGGUAUCCUUGUAAAACAACGGCCGCAUCAUCAUCAAACGCUAAUAGAAGUCGAAAUCACCUUGUACGAGGCAAAAGUACCACGCUACACGUGCGACACGAAGCUCAGGAGGAUCGCGGCGCUGUCAAAAAGUCGGGGAUACCGGGACAGCAUCAAGGCUGGACUGCGAUUGUGGGAAGAAGAUGACGAAGCACCCAAAGGCGUGAUGCCUGGCUUGGAAAAGGCGCCCAAGAAGACCGUCGACGCGGAUCGAUUCAAGAAACUGAAGAAGGACAUCGCGAAAUCACGGAAGGCGGCAAUCAAUGACUUGCGGGCAUUUGCGGUGGACUACAAUCUAUACCGCGCGACGUCAGCUUUUUGAGGUUCUUUGAUGACUAUAAAGGUCGAUCGAUCGAUGAAGUGUUGGCUUAUGAUCUUUACGAGCUAACUAAGAAAAAGUAAGAGUAAUCAUAAUCGAGUGAGUAAGAGAAACUACAAGUAGUAGGUAUGAGUAUUAUUGAUUCAUUCAUAAGAACAAAAGCAUGAAACUACAUGCAUGAGCACGUUGCAAUACAUAGUACUAGAUCUACAAAGUACAACCUAGCCGCAACGACAAGCAAAUGACAUGACCCACAAGCAGGAGUACACAAUUAUUCUUGGUUCGCGAAAACAAAUCAUGUGGCAGUUACCUAGUGAAAGAUACAUGCGUAUGCUCAAGGAAAACGAAUGUCAUGGCUCAACAUUCCAAAACAUAGCAGAACAUCACCUUACUAUCUUGCAACUCCUCCCCCUACGCAACAGAAAGAGUCUAAAUCCUAAGUACCUCAAAUACUUUCAUCGUUGUAGCAGAACAGCAUAUGAGUAUUACAGUCGGAAACAAAGGUAGAGUCUUCGUUCUCCUCCUGGAAGUUUUGUAUUUAUUAUUCAUUUUCAGAUGCAGAACCCCUGAAGACCUGAUACCACCUAUCGAGCGAAAUACUCCUGACGUAAACGCCCACGCCUUACAUCUACAAACGAACUGACUAUAUUAUAAGAAUUGGCAAUCAUGAUCAAGCAUGGUUUUUCUUACUCAAGAACGACAAUGAGUGGUCCGCACCCGCAGGCGCGAGGAGAGAUAAGUUUUUGCAGAACUAAAAAGCAACAGCAGGCAGCCUCCAUCUAUAAAAAAAAACCAUACAAUAGCAGAGCAAUUCAUAGCAUCCGCGACCAAUGACGCGGCUGGCACACAACCCGAAAUCUGGAAACCUACCAGACUGUUCUGUAAUAGAAGGAUUCAAGAUGUAUGAACUUCUAUUACGCUACCCCGAUCUACUUAGUCUCAUCUAAUCUAAUCCUCUAUGUAAGAAAAAUUCCAGUUUGGCUUUCUGCGAAACGCUAUAAUACUCUGAGUGAUGCGUGAUACUCGUCGUGUAUCCCACGGCAGCUCGCUGUUGCUGUAUAGGUACUACAAUAAAGUACUGUCCGAUGAUUGAAAUUUAUUUGAAUGCUUGACCAUUAUCAGUUUGCCCGACUUUAUUGAAAAUAGAGUAGAUCAUCUCCAUAAUCCUUGUCCACUGGACACGGAAAAUAGUCGUACCCGGCACAACAGUUUCCUCGUUCAGUUCAUCGCGAGGAGCGCUGAACGAAGAUUGACGACCUCGUGAUUUGUUUCUCCAUGAAAUUCCGCGAUCUGCUGGAACUUUACCUUGAGCGGUGCAUCCGUAAAGAAACGAGCAAGCCGAAUUU